AUGGGGGUUUUCACACGGGCUAAGAACAAGCGCGAGAAGGACAAGACCGCGCGUAACGUCAAGGCGGCGUCUGCGAGCACCUGUGCGAGUAGCCCAAAGCCUGUGGUUGAGGCCCCGCUGUAUUUCCGCAUCCUCGAUCUGCCUGCUGAACUCCGGAACCGCAUUUACGAGCACUGCCUGGAUGAUGAGUACUAUAACUUUGCCCCCAGUGUCCGCGUGCGGUCGCGACAAGCCUACAAGUAUCGCAUCUGGCGGUUUAUCGGCUUGACUCAAGUCUGCAAAACUAUUCGUUCCGAAUUUCGCCCCCUCUGGGCCCGAAACUUGUGCGUCCGAUUCGACAGACGCUCCGAUAUCGAUCAUUUCAUGAAGAAUUUUCUGCAUCACCGCAAAGGAUUCAAUCCUGUGCCUAAGCUUGUUCACUAUGGAUGGAAGCAUGGGCUGGACAACAGACAGCCCUUCGAUAUUACCGACAUCUUGCGCCUACGUUCGCAUUCUGCAGAACUCAAGGUUGGUUUUCAUCCGGCAGUAGUUGCAGACAGAGAGUGCAUGUGGACCCCUUGUGCCUCUUGCGCUCCGAAUUGUUACCGCCCACGCGACGAUGACAGCGAUGAUGACGAAGACUGCACAUGUGCAGAUCCAGGCAUGACCUACCAAAUCUGGAUGGUUAGACAAUACGACGUGAUCAACUAUACCUCAACCAUGGAGCUCCUUGUCAAUCAUGGCAAGGAGGCUUUGUUACAGGACAUACGAGACAAGAAGGUCACUAUCGUCGUCUACUUUUCCCAGCCGUGCAACCACGCUGCGAUCAAGUUUAGCUACAAACACGCAUUCCAGACGGACAACUCACCUCCAUCAGCUAUGGACCUGCUCAAGCGGUGGGGACUCUUGGAUGAUUUCGAGCCUACUGCAACCAUGGAGUUUAUCGUCGUAUGCAAGAACAAAGUGGUCGAGGAGGUUGGUGGUUACAAAGUCACGAAGAUGGUCGAUCACACAACCAUGGUUCACAAGCUGCCGCCCACAUGA